UCCGCUCCACCUGGCUCGAGCCACACCGCGGUGACGCACGAGGCGCUCAGUGUCAAGUGUCUUCAAGUUGCACCGAAAGGAGUGACGCGACAAACUUCCAACAGGUAGUUCCCAGAGAUGGCAAGCGGUCCAUUCAAUCGACGAUCUUUUGCGACGCAGUCCCUCCGUAUCACUGCGAAGGAGCUGUCUCUGGUCAGUGGUCGAGGAAAAAACAGUGCCAUUGCUGAACGCUUCUCCAAGUACCAGAAGGCUGCUGGGGAGUCAAAUGCAGAGAGAAAAAAAGCAUGUUUGGAGAGUGUGAGCCAUUCCCUGAGGUCUGGUAACUUGAAUGUUUUGAAGAAGCGCUGGGAGCAGGAGGGAAGCUCCACUAACCAGUCCAGCUCCCGUGCUGCACCUCCUGCCCUGCGACGGCCUUCCCCACUCACAGAGCACUGCCCUCCACUAAAGAGCCCUGACCCGCUGACUGCUGCGAGAGGUCAACAGACAUCCAGCUGCUCCCCACAGCCCUCAGCAACUCCAAAAACACCCAAAGCUGAAGAACAGGGAGGGAUGGACAGAGAUGAGCUGACACACAGUAAAAGACCUGAAAAACCUGAACAACUGGUUCCAACCAGCCCCCGUGCCACUACUGAAAAAGCCAGUGUACCAUUAAACAGCCUGAAGAUGAAGUUUGAGAGGGGAGAGGAUACCACAGCAAAGGGUGGCCACACAGCACUCUGCAGUACUUCAUCAGAGGACAUGGACUAUCAUGGUCCGUCUGUGACUGACAGGGUGUUGGAGAAGAUGUCUCUGAGGGACAAGAUGAACAAAUAUCAGGCAGCUGUUUCCAAACAAGGUGUCACACGAUCUGCAAGAUCUGGUUUGUCUGCAGAUGGACCAAAAUCACCUUCACCUGUCCUGCAUAAACAGACGUUUGCUCCUGACUGCAACGGGGAGAACAGCGAGUCAGCCAAAGCAUCCAGGAAGUUGCGUGUGCCGCUGAGGGAGACGUGUGUGGCCUGUCUGAAGACGGUGUACCCACUGGAAAGCUUGGUGGCUGAUAAGAGUAUCUUCCAUAAAGGUUGCUUUUGCUGUACUCACUGCUUUGCUAAGCUUAGCCUCGGAAACUACGCCUCUCUGCACGGUAAUGUCUACUGCAAGCCCCAUUUCAGCCAACUGUUUAAAUCCAAAGGGAACUACGAUGAGGGCUUUGGCCAUCGACCUCACAAGGAGUUAUGGGAACCACGAGCCAAUGGAGAGGAAGGUGAAGAAGUGGGGAAGCCAAAGGAACACCAGGUUUCAGCAGCAGUGACAUGUCCAGCUGAGAAGGUCUCACAUGGUGGAGUAUCACCUGUGGCAACAUCUCCACACACAAAAGUCACCGACCUGACUGCCUUACUGGAGACUCAGGCGCAAACACACAUGGCCCCACGUGAGAAACCUCCAUCCUUUCAGAGGGCAGCUGAAACACACAGGCUGAGGAUCGCCUGGCCUCCUCCAUCUGCAGAGGGGUGCUCUGGGACAGCAGCGCUGGGUUCUGUUGUGGAAGGCGGUACUUCAGGCCGGCCUUGGAAAGCCAAGUGGCCACCAGAGGAAGAGGUGUCAUCAUCAUCAUCCUUUCAGAGUUCAGAGCGAGCUGAACUGAAGAAUCUGAGGAGGAGUGCUUCUCUAAAGGAGCGCAGCCGACCCUUUACAGUCGCAGCAAGAACCAGCCCCGCAUCCAAUCUGGCUCCUCGGGAGCGUCGCCCUCUGAAGGCCCAGCUGGAGAGGAAGUUGUCACUGGAGGAAAUGCGCUCAUUUGAAAAAACGCUGAAGGAAAACACACCAGAGCAACCUCCGGUGGCACAGCAUGACAAGGAAGAACAUAUGACGCCUCAUUUACCAAGUGAAGUUCCAGUAAGUGGCAGUAAGUCUGUCUCAGAAGAGACCGUGGAAUCUGUGCCUGAAAAACAUCAACAAGAACAGAGAGAAAGUAGCUCAGCAGAAAAGAUGGCAGCAGAAGAUGGAUCUCCGAGAAGCAUCUCCCCAAGCAGCUACAAGUCACCAUCUCCACCUUUGCAGCAACAACAUAAUCACAUGUCUCAGGAUGUGGGCUCCUGGGACAAGGAGAAAGAAGCAAGUGAUGCUGAGGAGGAGCUGACAGCAGAGGAGAUCAUCAAGAGGAACCGCUACUACGAGGACGAUGACUGAGAAUCAGGAAAUUUCAUCAAACUGCCUUUGAUUUACUCAGUUUACAUUUUCUAAGGUGUAAAUCUUAUCAUAAAAAGAAAAUAUUUCAUGUGUACAUGUGUACAUACAGUAUGUGAUGUGUGCACAUAAAAUAUUAACUCAGUAACUACUAAUGUGCAACUACUAAUUUUUUGUAUUAUCUACUUAAAAAUAUUUAAUACAGCUUUUACAUUAAUUAUAAUCAUGAAAUUGGAUAUUGGUAUUCCAUUAAAUUUUAAUUAUAUUAUCAGUUGAGUAUUACAUAUAUUUUAAAAUACUCAUUCACUCAUAUUCAACCGCUUACUCCAGUUAAGGGUCGUGGGUGGUUGGAGCCUAUUCCAGCAGUCACAGGGCGUGAGGCAGGGUUCACCCUGGACUGGACACCAGUCUGUUAUUUUAAAAUACUCUUUGUGGCAAUACAUCGAGAACACCUAAAAUAUUUUGCUUGUUUUAAAAAGGUCUGCCAAUGCUGUAUUUUUUGAAUUUGUGUGAAAACAAAUGUGCAAUUGGAUUGUACGAGUAUUUUAAAUACAGUCCGCUACAGUUGUGAAAAUUAAUUUUUAAAACUGCUCCAGUUAAUUACUUUUUAUGGGAGAUAAUGAAGUUUAUUAAAUAUUUAUAGGUCUUGUCUUGGCUCAGGGACAAAGUCAUCACUGUCCUUAUUCCUCUGUGUUCAGCUGCACUUGUUUUGUAUGUACUCUUAAAAUUCAGGGCUUUAAAUAAAAAUAAAGUUUGCCUUUAUCAGAGGUGUAAAUUC